AUGCCAUCUAGACCAAGGAAGAUACGGAAACUCCGGGGCCAUGUGAACCACAGCCAUGGCCGCGUCGGUAAACACCGCAAGCAUCCAGGAGGACGCGGGAACGCUGGAGGCAUGCAUCAUCACAGGAUCAACUUCAACAAAAAUCAUCCAGGUUACUUCGGGAAAGUUGGUAUGAGGCAUUACCGCUUAAAGAGGAACCAGAGCUUCUGCCCGACUGUCAACCUGGAUAAAAUGUGGAGGCUGGUCAGUGAGCAGACCCAGGUUAAGACUGGAGUUGCUCCCAUCAUGGAUGUCCUGCCAUCAGGCUACUACAAAGCUUUGGGGAAGGGAAAGCUCCCUAAGCAGCCUGUCAUCAUGAAAGCCAAAUUUUUCAGCAGAAGAGCUGAAGAGAAGAUCAAGGGUGUUGGAGGUGUCUGUGUUCUGGUGGCUUGA